CUUUUACGAUAGUAUAAUCUGUGGAUUUAAGAGUGGUAUGAUUAAUGUACGAAAACACUGCAAUUAACAAAGUGUAGAAAAACUUUUUUGAGAAAUAGUGUUUCAUCAUUUGUGUUUGUGUUAAAAAAAAUUGAGUGGGGAUUUAAACAAGAUAAUGACGACUAAGAACAUACUCUGGCCUAUCGACUACGGAUAAUUUUCAGCAUAAUUUAGCGCGAAAUGGCUACAGAAGCAAACAACAUGGAUCUUGGAAUGAUCUUAAACGAACUAAAUUUGUCAAAAUAUUACAGUGGAAAAUUACAAAAAGAUGAUUUUCUGUUAUAGUUAAAGGAAGCGAUUUUUCACAAAAUCUGCUUCUUGCGCAAUAUAUCAAUGAUAUUGUACAUUUCAAUGAAAACUGUUGGUAUCCUGACCGGCACAGAAUUCAAAAGAGCGUUACAGUUAGAGGAAAAGAAAAGUUUGUUAAUUCAGAAGUUAGAACGUGUCUGGAAUUACAUCCAUUGGAUAUAUCUACCGUUCUUUUUUUAUGCUCAAAUGAUAUCGUACGGCAAGACCUAGUCAUGCGCCAAUUGUGUUGUAAACAUGCAUAUCCCUUUAGUUAUCAAACCAGAGCAACUUGAACCACCAACAGUGUACUUAUGGCCUACACUUGGCCUUAUAAGUAAACAUCUUUCCACCAAUCUCCUCCAGUCUGUUGAAGACAAUAUUUCUAGUAUCGGGUUUAAGAUUGUGAGUUUCUUAAGAUUUAACAAUUAUGAUGUGUCAAAAUCACACAUCUUAAAUCUACUAAUAAAUAAAACAGAAAAAGUUCACUCCGUAUUCUACCAUCGUAAUUGUGCUGCGAGUGUUGAAAUGAUGUCAGAAGUAUGUCAUGGAAUGAUCGAAAUUUUUCCACAUUUAGAUAAUGAAAAAGAGCCAGUUUUGUUCCUAAAUCUUAGAGGUCAAUGCAAUGUAUAUCAGAACCAAAACCUGUUCUUGUUGAAGGUUAGUCAUGUAGUUUUUCUUGUUUGCAGUAAAGCUGAAACACAUUUGAUAAAGGACUUUAUUAAACAGGAUAUUGGAAAAUCUUGUGAAAAGAUUGUUAUAAUAUUUUUAGAUUUAGAUAUCAACGAGGAGAGCGAUGCCUUUCUAUCUCAGUUAGAUUCAUUUUCUGAAAAGCUAUGUGUGUCAAAUCAUUUAGUUGGCUACAAAGGCAUGAGUCAUUCAGAUUUAAGGAAAGAGUUGAUUACACCAAUCAAAUCAGUUAAAGGUAGACAUAACUUUGAUGACAUUAAAGCAAAAGCGGAGGAACAUCAUUUCAGCGUUGACUUGAAUAAAAUCGAUGACGCUUUAAAAAGAUCAGAAAUACUGUCGAAUUUAGUAUUUCAAAUGUUCAAAGAACAGACUUUGGAAUGUAUAUUUCCAGUACAGGGUCACCUUUGUUCUGAAUGGUGCAAAACGGAUUUGGAGAAGUAUAAACUUCGACUUAGGGGAAAUACUGAAAAUAUAGGCAAGUACAGAAAACGAUUAGAAAUGAAACAAAAUGAAUUACGUUCACAACAGUUGCAGUUAAUAACUGAAGAAAGUUGCAAGACUCUCCAUUUAUUUGUAAACAACAUUUCUCGCAGUGAAGAUAUUGAAGACGUUGAAGUAUUUCUCCGGAAUCUCAAACUCAGUAUUGAGAUGGCUACACGAUCGACUCGGCUUAAAGCUCAUGAAGAGUACAGAAAUCUGUUCGAAAAGCUACGCAUGAUGUCAGCACAGACUGACGAUAUACACAAGGAGUUCAGACUUUUGGAUGAAAAGCUAGAAAAUCAGUCGCUAUCUUUUCUUGAUUUUUCGCGGGAAAUGGGCCACAUGUAUGAAAUACUGAUAGACAAAAACAUAAAUCAAGAAUAUCAAAAAAAGCUUUUAGAUAUCGCAGUGACCAUAUUAAGAUGCGGAUAUGAAAUAGAAAUCAUGGAUGGGCGUUCAAAUUGGGUACCAAUUAUAUGGGUGCAAAGUAUUUUAUUGGAAAUCCGAAGAAGGCUAGGGAAUGUUAGAAUCAAAGUUAUAACAGUUUUAGGAGUACAAAGCAGCGGAAAGUCUACUCUCUUAAAUAUAAUGUUUGGUACUCAAUUUGCUGUUGGUUCAGGUCGAUGUACCCGAGGUAUGUAUAUGCAUCUAGUGAAAGUAUCAGAUAAAGUAUCUCGAGAAUAUAUGGUUGACUACCUUCUAGUUAUAGAUACUGAAGGGUUAUAUUCUUCUAUCACUAAGGUUGAUGAAACAAAUGAAAGAGAUAAAACUGAAAGAGAACUUGCCACAUUUGCUAUCGGCAUGUCACAUGUAACAGUCGUAAAUAUUAUGGGAGAGGAUAUGACUUAUUUACAUGAGAUACUGCCGAUAACUGUCCAUGCAUUUUUAAGAAUGGACUUGGUUGGACUACGGCCUAAGUGUAAGUUGCUGCACCACACUGUUGAGAAAAGUUCGAACGAUAAGUUGCUUCAAAAUACAUUUAGCCUUGAACGUAUAUUAGAUGAACACACAGCAACAGCAUGCACACUAGAAAACAUCCCUAAAAAGAGAUUUAGAGACAUAAUUCAUUUUGAUUCCAUUGAAGACGUUUACUUUUUCUCACCUCUGUUUGAAAUUAUUGAUGACCUUAAGAUUGUAAGUUCUUUAUACAGCAAGGAUGCAGCACAUUUGAAAGAAAAACUGAUUUUAGAUACCGAAUCAGUCGGGACAUUAGAAGAGCUUGCCAAUCAUGUCGAUUUGCUCUGGAAUGCUGUAAAAAAGGAUGACUUUGUUUUUGAGUUUAGAGACACCGUUGAAACUCAAGCAAGAGUCGCACUUGACAAACGGGUUUGCCAUUUGCAGUGGAAAAGUAAGAGAGAGUUUCUACGUGUACUCAUGGAAUUUCGAACAGAAAUUAAAAGUUGUGAUACAUUAGAGAAGGUGAAUGAAGUUCAACAAAGGUACACCCAAAGUAUUAACUGUACCACAAAUGAGCAAAUUAAAGCAAAUGCAGAUGAUUUACUCGUAGCGGAUUUUGCUCAGGACCGACUUCGUACACAUGCGAUGCAAAGGUUGCUCGAGUCGAGUAAAAUUACAAUAGAAGACUACACUCAAGAAUGCAGGCUUUACUGUGAUUCGCAAAUCGAACGAGAUGUGACACUGAGGAUGAAAGAACUUGAAAUACAGCGAUGCAGUGAAUUUGCUUUCAUUCAAAUUGAUGAAUUUCUUGAUAAACAUGUAUCAGUUGAACCCUCCAGCACUCUAAGUGAUACAUCAUCUAGGUUUUUCGAUAAAUGGUUAGGUGAGCUAUCACACAAGUCUUCAUAUGGCACACUUUUUAAUCUAGAGGAGGAUGCAAUUGAAGCUAUAUACAAAAUAUUUGGCACUCGUCGAACCGAGAUUGAUAAACCAAUUCAGUCCAAAGAUUUAAAUGAAAGACAAAUUGACACAUUUAUUAAUGAAAUACCGGAAAUACUGUCGUCAACAAAUGUUAGGUUAGUGGCACAGUUGAAACAAAAAUUGGCGUCCGAAGUUGCCGAAGACAUAAUGCUGUACGUGAAGCACGUAUUAUUUGAGCUGCAAAGAAGAAACAUCUUUUAUGAACCAAACAUUUUCAAAGAUAUUUCCUUACAAGUGAGAAGCCAUCGCCAUAUCUCCAGUGGAAGUUUGCAAACUAAGCCCAAUUUUGAAAUAGAACUAGUACUUUAUGUAUGCGGGGAAUUUAUUCAGCGUUUUAGAAAAAUUUCAGAGAAAGAUAUUAUAUUAUCGAAUGGAUUAAUGAAAACAGCUCAAAGUUAUUUUCUUUCAAGAUGCAGGCAAAAGUCUAAUUAUUGCACAAACACAACACAAGCAGUGAAGGAUUUUACAAACGUACUGAUCGAAGAAAUAGGAUUGGCCAUAAUUGCCUUCUUACCGCAAGAACUCGCUAACAGCAUAAAAGAGGACUCUUAUUUCCUACAGUCGAAACAACUGUUUUUGAUACAUUCUUAUAUUAAAAUGUUAGAUAAUAAAAACAUCUUGCAUGCAUACCUUAGUUCAUUCGAAGCAGGGGCUGUGUAUAUUAUUUCGAAUGUGUAUGAAAGUAUGUUGAGGACAUCAGAUGCAGUACAAAAGAUCAUAAGAUCAUAAGAAGGACACUUGAAUCAAGUAUUACUAGAGUUUGUACAAAUCUUGUAAAUGAAAUUGAAAAUUUAAAGCCAGAUAGUUAUCAAAUUAAUUCAAUGGAAUUGUGCUUACAGGUCAUUACAAAAGCUGUGAAGCCAAUAAGCUCGAUAAAUCUCAAGCAGUUCCAAAACGAUCAUACGGAUGAUCUUGACCCUCAGAUCGUUUUGCGGUCACUUUUGGCAAACCUACGAGACGUCAAAUAUAUUGCAAAAAUUGAAAAAACUGUUCAUGAAUUGUAUUUUGAUGCAUACUACAGUAAACUAAAAAAUGAAACUGUAGAAAUAGUUAUACAAAAUGUCACAGGUUGUAGGGAAAUGUGUCCAUUUUGCGGGGAAACUUGCUGCAUCGGACAAGAAAAACACGCAGGUGAACAUCGUGCGUUGAUGCAUAGACCGUCUGGGUUUCAGGGCAAAUGCACUUUUUCCACAACUAAGCUAGAUUCAGCAACUUGUUGGGAUGAACUGGAGAAACUAAGUACGGAGAGACAACGUUCACAUAUUGUUCAAGGAUGGACGAUUCCAAAAGAUGUCUCAACAGAAGAAAAUACCUUUUGGAAAUAUGUGUUUGUUACAAAUAUUGAAUAUAUUACAUUAAAAUGGGAAAAGGAAGAACCAGAGGAAAUCCCAGAACCAUGGAAAGCAUUAUCAAAAGCAGCAGUGUUAGGAAAAUUAGAAAGAGAGCUGGAAAAAAUGUCCAUGUUAUAGUCUUAUUUGAAACAUAAUUAAUCAAUCCUUCUAAAAUAUAUGAAGUAUACAUUUGUAUCACUAUUAAUGUUUUCUCAAAUUAAGCAUCAUUCUGAUUAUUAUCAAGUGAGUUGUAUGAAGAGUACAGAUACCAUGUAUUAAGUGAUUCGGCCGCUAUGUUAAUUGUAUAGAUAGUUUUAUGUUCUUAUUUUGGCCACUACCGGACUGGACACGUAUUAAGAGUUACGCAAUAUAACGAAUUGAUAGAACUUCUAACAGUAAUUUGACGUUUUGAAUUUUCAUUUAAUACUGAGAUUCCAAUGUAUGACGGUUUCGCCGGAUUUAGAAUUGUUAUAUCUCAGUGUUAAUUGAAACAGUUUGUUGAGAGCCAGAGAUCUUACAAGGAAGCAUGUUAAUAAGUGUUUUUGUAAAUAGGUUAUGCGGACAAUAAUAAACAUUUAUUAUAUAUAUUUUAUAUUUUUAUCACGUUUUAUGUAGUUUCAGUGUUUAUCACUAUAAUAAAUUACGAAUUUGAUAGACAUUCAUAUCAUUGCGUGGAUUGAUAGUGAGAGUGCUGGAAUUGCUUCAGUGUCGAUUUAAUUGAUUUUCUGUUAUCAAAAUAAGUUACAACAACCCGUUUUCAGAGCGUUCCAGUCUAACACUCUACUUAUUCAUCGAGCAUAUAAGAUAAUGUUUGCGAGUAUAUGCCAUAAAUUCGAGGUAUUAAGAGUUUUAUGAAUUUAGACAUAACUUUUGUUGAUGGGAUAAGUUUUAGACUAAUUAAGCAAUGUACAUGUAGCCUGACUAUUUGCGUAGAAUAUAUGCUUUUACGUAGAGAAAAUGCAAAUAAUAGAUUGUUUGUUUGCAUUUUUGAUGUUUAGAAUUCACAUUAUUCAGUUGGAAUAUUUGUUUUGGUGUUAAAACUACUCCCUUAUUAUGAUUGUAAAUUGUUUUUCAAAAGUAAGAAACAUAUCUAAAAUGGUAUAAUGAUGAUGAAGUCAUUUAUAUUGCAAAAAGAAAUAAAUACAAAUUCUAUGUGUUAUUUUAAGGACAACAUUUACUGUAUAAAUCAUAUGGUAAAAAAUUGUAUGAUUCUUACAUUACCUUGAAACUUCACGUACUUAAUUAUUCCAGCACAGAAAUUAUUGUAAAUUUCACAAUAAGAUUGUAUUUUUGUUGUUAGUUUAGUAUUACAAUUGAAAAGGGUCAAACAUGACAUCAUUUAAGCUUUAUUCCUGAAAUAUAAGUUUUAAUAUUACCUGUUGCAUGUUUUUGCGUUGUUUUGUGUGUGUGUGUGUGUGUGUGUGUGCAUGUGCGUGUGUGUGUCUGUGUGUCGAUUCGCAUUGUAGUAAGAGAAAUCAGCGUUACAUUUACAACUGAUAUGACCGUGUAUUUAAGAACAUCGUAGCAAUACUUGAGUAGGUGAAUAAAUAUCAGAGGGUACAAAGCGAUUGAUGCAUAAAUCAUUUACUGUUUAAAACUAUUUUUUAAAACGAUGUAUUUUUUUUCUUUCAAUGAAAGUGAAUACUACUAUACAGGUGACUUCGCACGUUAGUAUGGACAGUUGAGAAGUUGAUGUCGAAUGUAAGACUGAAAUGAUCAUUGUUAUAGUACAGUAUUAACACUACUUAAUGAAACAAUAGAAUAGAGUUUCAUUUGUACGGUAAUACUGUAUAGUGUCAACUGUUGUUUUGCUAUAACGUGUCAUUUCGAUUGGAAUAAAAUUAUUAUGUUAGAAGGUAUCCGAAAGGUAUAUGCCUUUCUUAUCAAAGUGGCAAACAGAAACAAUUUAUGUGAGUGUGAUUCUACACACUUGUUUGCUUCAACUUUAAUACGUAUCAUACCUACAUGUAAAUGCAUUUUGUAUCAACAGUUUGCUUUGUGUUUCUUAUAUUUAUUAUAAACGUAUUUUAUAACAUUUACUCUCUAUUUUCAUCAAACCCUUAAAUACGUAUUGUGUGUAAAUAGAUUUGUGCAUAGAUAGUCUUUUGUGAUAAAAUGAUUUAGAAUAGAUCAAACCGUAAAGGUAUACUUGACCCAAUUUUCAUAUUUUACAAAUUUGAACAAGUAACAGAUAUUAUUUGUGUGAACAUUUAAUGUGUAUUUUCAGUACUUAAAUUUGUUUUGCGUUGUAGUUAUAAAAACAUCUUUUAUUUACAAGUGAUAUAUGUAUAUGUAUAAAAGAACAUCGUAGCAAUAUUUGAGAGAGAUGGCUACUUAAAGAUGACUACUUAGAUAUUAUUAUGUUUAGGACUAGUUCAAAAGCGAUGUACCAUUUUGGCUAUAAUUAAGUUAAUGAAAGUAUACAUGAUUAUGCAGCUGAUUCCACACCUUUAUAUUGACAGUUUGCUCAACAUUGAUACUUGCAUGUAAGAUUGAUGUAAUCAAUUAGUAUUGUAUUGUACAAGCACAAAUCACAAAAACAAUAGAUUGUCUUACGUCUUGCACUGAGACACCAAAGUAUGACGGUAACAACUGAUUUUUAACUGGUUUCUCUCAGUGUUAAAUGCAAUGGUUGUUGUUACAAUGUUACAUCUAUGCAUAUUAUGAAUAUUAAUUUGUUUAUUUGUAAAUAGUUGCCUUUUCAAGAUAAAACAAGUGGUUUUAUUCGCUAUUAUUGAUUUUAUGUAUUUAUGUGAUUGUAUGUUUUAUAACUUCAUUGUUGUUUUUAUAAUAAUAUUUAAUAAAUAUCUUUAUAAUGGAAAACAAUUUGCCUCACCUUGCAACUGUUAUACACUUGUUAAUUUACAUAAAUAUAGUAGAAUGCGGUGAUUUAACACUGGUGGUAUAUACAUAAAAGCCUGACGAUCUAAGUUAUAUUAAUUGAUUGAAUAUUUUAAAAGAAACUUAAAAACGUUGAAGCAUUUUUAUGUACUGUGCAACUUAAAUAUUGAAACUAGUAAAAGUUUGUGAUGAGAAGUUCUCGAUCUAUUGCAAAUGGUAACGUAUACUUUUUUACAUUUUUGUUAAAAGAUAAAAGGCCUAAAAAAUUCUUAGUUUCCGGGAACAUGCAAUUAAAAAGUAGGGUAGGUAGGUCGGAUUUUAUUUUGGAUUUUUUUUUAUUAAGGGAGACUUUUCGGAAAUUAUUUCUGUGUCACAAAUGAAUACAAAUAAGGGGGUUGUGUCUUUAGAGCAUCAGUAAGUUGAUUUUUAACAUCACUGGCUGGCCAAGUUUAAAGCCUAAAAAUUGCAGUUUUGCAACUUUUUGCUAAAAACUUGAAAAAAUAUUCUCCAAGGCCAUAGAAGCAUUUAGGGUCGGGCCAAAACUUUAGGGUAGGUCGGGAUACCGGAAACAAACAUUUUUUUACGUCUCGUCUUCAAGUAGGCUAUAUUCUUUAAUGUUUUAAUGUAUGAGAUAUAAAUAUAUUUUAAAUUCUAGAUUGUUUCUAACGGUAAUGUUAUGAAAACCGAUAUGUGCGGUUAACUGUAUUGUGUCAACUGUUGUUUCAAUAUAUAAGAAAUCAGAAUGAAUUCUUUAUAGCUAUAUGCUUUUUAUGUAAGAAGGUAUCUCAGAGGUUUAUGUUUUAAAUGUAUUGGUUUUUCUUAUCAAAUCGACAAAAGCGGUAAAGUGACGGACAGAAACAGCUUGUAUGAGUGUGAUUUUGUACUCUUGUUUGUUUUAAAUUUAAUGGCUUCUCUUCCUAUAAAAUCAUUUAUGUUUCAGCAGUUUGUUUUGUGUUUCUUAUGUAAAUCGUUUGACAUUUUCAUGACAUAUUUAUUCAACCUUUCAAGUAGAUUUGUUUAAAAAAAGGUUUCUGUACAAUUGUCUCAGAUUUGAGACAUGUAAGAAAUUAGAAUUUGUAAAACUUUAAGUGUUAUACCAAGGGAUGUUUAAAUUUAGAUUUUGUCAAAAUUUGAAAUCUCAAAAAUCCACAGUUUCGGUGUUUUGUGAAGUUUGACCUUCGGUUUUAUUAAAAACUGAUUUUUUUUUCUUCAAAAACUAUUAUAUCGAUGACCUAUCACGAUUUUUAAUAUUUCAAAAGAGAAAUAUGUAUUGAAUCUGGAUAAUUAUUUUGAAAAAUGUAUAUGAAAAAUAUUUUCAAAAGAUGAGCAUAAAAUUGACAUGUUUUAACGUAAUGAUAUGAUGAUGUCAUUUCCAGGUCGUUUUUUUACCAGAAACAGAUCUAGCUCUGGACAUAUUUUCCUCAGAACUGAAAGCAGUUUUGCAAGUAAUUAUGAUAAAAAAAACAGGAAUGUCAAAACUAAAACUUAUUUCAAACGCAUUUUGCAUGUUAGAUACUUUGGCAUCUAAGAAUUUUACAACUGUAACACAAUUAUCACCACGCGGAAGACCUUUAUCUUGUAUUGGUUCCUUUAAUAAGGUUGUUAAGGUUUACAAACGACAAAAAUUUUAUGAAAAUGAAUGGAAUGAUUUCAAAACGGGAAGGGGUAAAAGUUGAUUUUAACCUGUAAUAAAGUUUACUAUUAAAUAUUAAGAAAAUUGUGUUGAUUUUGUACGUUUUUGCUCUAUAUUAUCAGCAUUUUGAUCUGUUUACAGAGAAGCAUAAUUAUGUAUUACAGUUUGAAAUGUUAGCAUAUUAUAAUAUCGAACUGUAGAACAGCCUUGUUGAUUGUUUAUCUUCCAAAGGAAAUUUAUAUUGGAAAUAGAAUCCGAUCUUUGGUUUUAACACGAAAUAAAGAUUAUUUUAAAUUUUUAAAUGCGAGAAAAAAUACAAAUAUCGAUUUUACACAUUGUUUUAAAUUUUAUAAAUUCUUCUCUACUGUUAUUAAUUUCUACUGUAACAUUAUGCCACAUGCAUUGUUAAUUAGUAUUUUAUUAAUACAAAUUGCUCCAUAUUAAGUGUCUUUAUGUGACAGUUUAAUUUGAUGAUAAUAUUGUACAUUUUCUUUCUAGCUUUACUAGCUUUACACGCUUAUUUACUGACGACAUUCCAUGAGCAUCGAAUUCCAGCAACAUGUUGAGAGCACUUUAAAGAGGCAUCUAAAUAUAAUAGCUGUAAAAUCCAUAAGUCCGUCUGUUAUAUAUCUACAUUUAUGUAGGUUCUUUCAAAAAUUUUGAGUGGUCCUGAUUUAUGUGACUUAGAAGUUGAUGCAGAUAAAUGAAUUUAUUAUCAAAUGUUUACGAGUGAACGAGACUGCAAUUAAAAAGUUCAUGUAUAUGUAAACAGUUUCCGAAGAUGCAAGUGGUUAAUUAUGAUGUCUUAGUUGUGCUUAAUAAAACUAAGUAUGUGAAAUAUUAAAAUGAGACAUUCAUUACCAUAACAGUUUUCCAAAGAGUACUGGCUAAAAGUCUUUACACACUUCAAAACGAUACUGAAAUUAUUUUUGAUUUCUGUUUGGAUGAUAUCUAGAAUAAGUUUUUCGGUAUAAUAUUGACGAAACGUUUAAACAUUAAACACAUGAUUAAAGGUUCUUGACUGGGGCUUCCGAUUUCAUGAUCUCUUUGAACUUACUUACAUGUAAAAAAAGUUUCUCAUGCCACUUUAUUGGUUAUCCAAAAUUACAAAUUGAAUAAAACUCGCAUAAUUUCAAAACAUCAAUUCGUUUAUGUUGAAAACAGUAAGAUAAUGCAAAGAAGUUAUUUCCGUUGUAUUUUGAUAUUUAUUCCAAAGUUAUUUUUGGUCGAAAUUGCGCUGUUUAUCAACAAUAUAAAAAUAUGAAUUUGACAAAUAUUCUAUAUUGUUUUAAGAAACUAAUAUAUCGAGGGCUGAGCGCGAAACUAUUGUAUCUUGUUCUUUAUUUAUAUACAGUUACAAUAGUUUCGCGCUCAGCCCACGAUAUACAUCUAUGCUUUAAUGGAAGAGUUAUUUUGAUAAAGCAGAUAUAUGAUACAUUUUCAUCAAAUCUCUUGAAUAUCUGAACAAAUAUGUGUUACUUAAUUUGGUGGAAUAUAUUCAUUUUGUGUUUCACAAUCCAAAUACAUGUAAUGCAAAACUGAAUAUUAAUGUUUGAUUGUGUUACACGUCACAAUAUUUUGGCAUGUUAGUAAAUUUGUUAUGAUUAACAAAAUCUAACUUUUAAAUGUAAUGUUUGUAAUAAUCAUUAAAUGAUAUAUUUAGUUA